AUGCGACACGGCAGUAUUGCUGCUGCCCUUCUGGUGGUGUCUGUGUUGCUCGUGUGUGUGACUGCCGAGGAGUGUGAGGUGGCGCGGCGGAUGCGGGAACAUGAGGUGGCGGUCUUCAAGCAAUUCUACGCCACCACAGGGGAUCCCAGCAGCAGCACCGGCAGCAGGGUCACUUCUCCUUCCACUAGUAUAGAUGGUAGUAGAAGCAGCAGUAAUAGUAAUAGUGUGAGUAGUGGGACUCCACGGCGUGGGUGUAUUGGGUGGCAGAUGCGCUACUGGAAUUACGAGUUGUGCCCCGGCCGGUGGGUCCGGCAGUACCGCGAGGUGGGCGGCGUCAUUGUGGAGGAGUUCAUUCUCGGCGUGCAGGACCGCUGGCACCUCAUGGACGAAGUCGGCCUCCAGCCGCUCCUCUACGAGAACGGCCACCAGACAAUGCCGCGCCGCCUGCAGGCCGCCGGGACCGCCAUGGACGCCGCCGCCGCCGCCCCGUACAGGUGUGUGAAGGAGGAGAGAGGCGUGCCGACAAGGCAGGUGGAUGUGGUGUACGGGGCUGGCACACUCUGUGAGUUGGGGUUUCAGCGCUCCACCACUUUACAUCUCAUCUGUGAUGAGACCGCAUCUAUUCCUCAUAUUCAGUUUACCGAACCAUUUGUCUGCAAUUAUGACAUUACUGUAGUUUCAGCAGCUAUAUGCGACGCCAUGGAUGGACGAGUUCACUCUCGUAGAGAAUUGUCUGAUGCGGAUAUUAUAUUCGCAUUGUGA